AUGGUGGAGACAACCUUUACGGCUGAAGAAAACAACCACGCAACAGCUCCUCACGUUUCAGUCGAGUUGCCCUGCCUUUGGAGGUGUCAAGUCGACGCGUCAUGGCUGGAGACUAGUGAUGGAGUUGGAAUGGGUUUUAUUCUCUAUGAGCAGGAAACACAAGUACUAAGAGUUCAAGGCAAAAGAUCACAGACAGAUUCUCCACUUCACGCAGAGGCAGAAUGCUUAUGUUGGGUAAUGAAGGAGAUAAGAAACCGGGGCCUGGCUCGAGUUUACUUUGAAUCCGACUGCCAACAGCUUGUACACAUUAUCCAACAGAAGAAAAAAUGGCCUGCACUAGAACCAGUAUUGGAAGACAUUCAAGCUAUUAAAUCUUCGGUUGAUGUUUUUUCUCUUAAGUAUAUCCCUCGUUCUGCAAAUGUCCGUUCGGAUGGUCUUUCCAAAGACGCCCGAUCACGAGUGCAGAGCUUUAACUCCUUUGAGAUCAUGGAUACACUAAGGUUAGCCGUUGAGGCUAGCUUGUACGAACACUUUUAA